ACCAAUAGCAGUGCUUCUAAAGUAAAAUAGCAUUUGUUGCAUCUGCCCAGUGGAGUAGUGGACGAACUACAUUUAAAUUUUGAAUGAGCGAAGACGUAUUCUACUCAUAGAUUAACUAAGUUAAUAACCGAAACAAUAAGACAAAUGAGUAAUCCUCAACAAUAUUAUAUUUAGUAUGUAUUUCGAUCCCCCAUUCCAAACGUGAGUACCCCAGGCCAUUUCCGUUACAAUAGCAAGUAGCAAGCAAAAAGAAACAAGAAGACUGAAAAGACACACCAAGCAAACAUAAAAAAAAACACUAUAAUAUUACUGUUAGUGAGUAAGACUUUGGAGGAUCAGGGGCACAAGCCCGCUUACUGGACCUCUUACGUGACGAGCUGGCAAAAUACCCCUAGUUGGUUGUGCCAAAAAAAACCCAAAGAAGAAGAAGAACCCCUCAAGACUUAUUUCUGAGACUAAAUUAGCGCCUGUUCAAGAGGACUCAGUCAUAAGCCCGGACAAAUUUUCUAAACACAAAAAAAUCGCCCGUAAUACUCCUGAGUCGGGCUUUGAAUUGCUGCAGGAGAUGGAUUGUCGAACCGCUUCUGAGACUGUACUAGUUCAGAAGCCAGAAUUCAAUAAUGAAGAUAUUAAUAUCGAGCCCAAGCCUGAGAUGUCUUCAACUUCGGAUUUGGUGAAAAAUGUUGCGGAACCAGAUAAUUCGAAGCCAAAAAUACAACGCGCUAAAGUGAAAAACACAAAAUCGAAGACUAAUAAGAGGAAAAUUGCGUUGAAAGAAAAAGCAGAUUCUGCAAUCCCGGAUAGUACUAAAGAACCACAAUGUCAUGUUUUGUUGGAUCAAGGUCACUCAACUCAACUGGCUCAAAAGGCCAAUAAUGUUUUGCAAAAAUACUGAUCUUUAUUUUCAUUCAGCCCAGAAAGAAGACAUCGUAAAACCAAGACUAGAAGACCUGGAAGAGCAAAAGUCAACUAUAACAAAAUCUAGCAGUGAAAUAGCAUUAGAAGAUAAUUUAGUCAUUUCUGCAGCUGCGGAUGUAGGAAUACAAGAGAGCGGUAUAUUCAGUUAUUAUUUAUGUUCACCAAAACCUGUCCCUUUGUGAAAAAAACGAAUCACUGGUUUCGAAAAACGUCGAUGCAACUAUUUGACAAAUUGUAAUUUAAAAUUGAUUCUCAUCCAGUUUUGCCAGCCGACAAGCCAACUCCAACAUUGGAAGAUGAUAAAGAGCAAACAGUUAGCCAAGCGAUGUCUGAGAAGAAAGUAACUUUAGAAAAACCGGGAUUCCAAUUCUCAGGUUUCAGCCAAUUCAGUUCAGAACAGAACUUCCGAGUUAAAACAAGUUAUGGACGGUGCCAUUCCAAAGGUAAGUUUAGAAGACCUUGACGAGCAAGAAGAAAAUCAGAUGGACAAGAACAUCAACACUGGAACAGAAGCUGGUGCAGGAAAAUGAAGUCGAUCAUGAUUUAAGUCCACUGAUACCAUCGACUGCUCCUACAUGGCAGGAAAAGCACAUGAGCCUCGAAAGCAAUAAAGAGAAGAGGGCGAUUAACGUGUCGGAACCCAAGUCGAAAAAUCGGUCAGCACAGGGAAUCACUAGUAAAGCUUCUAAUAAAUUACACACGACGAAAUUGAAUCCUAAAGCUGAAUUAAUAAAAGAAGACCAAAUCAUUUCGAUGGAAGUUUUACCCAAGAAAAUAAAGAAAGCGAAGCCAAAAGCUAAUAGUACGAAGAAAAAAAUUAGAACUAUACAAAGAUUCCCUCAGCCUGAUUUUGAUAUGGCACAGGAGCCGGACGGACUAAAGAACAAAGGCAAAUGAAAAUUUUGCGAUUUUAUUCACAAGUGGUAAAUAAACAACGCGAAAUAUUAUAUAACUUGAUACCCUGAAAAUUGUUCACUAUUAGAUACCAAAGCGGAAAAUUUAGCAAUAACCGUAGAAGAAAGCAAACCUAAACGCGUAAGAAAAACGAAAUCAGAUCGCAUAAAUAAUAUCACAGUUACCAGUGAGCCCGCAAAGUCUCCAAAGUGUAAUAAUGAAAAUUAUUUGCAGACAACAUUGAAGGAAUUACAGCUGCUCAGAAAAAUGACUAAACUAGACGAAGCAAACGAGUUAAAAAUUGAAAAACCCAAAAAGCAUAGUGAAAUCAGUGAAAGAGCAGCUAACUCAGAAAGUUUCCCUAAAGCCGAAAUACAAGCGAUUCAACCUGGAGUCGAAAAACUGCGUAGAAACCAAAUCGGAAGAUAAAGCGAAAGAAAAAUGCAAAGCUGAUAAACAUUUUGAACGUUCAGACGUUUAAGCUUCCUCUGUAGUUUAAGAAUACUGGCACGUUAAACGCGUUGAUUCGCAAAGAGCACUUGAAGCUGAGAAUCUACUGGCAGAACCGAUUAUGGAAAAUUCUGCAGAAGAGCCUUUGCAAAGCAAUGCAAUUACAGGUAUGAACGACAACUCGCCAACAUCAGUAGUCUCCAACCGCAUAAUUGUAAAGGCAAUGGUACAUAGGAAUGCUAAUGGAGAGAAAGAAGCACCAAUAAUAUCAAGUACACCAAUCGCAAGGCCCAAACGAAAUUGCAAAAAAAAAAUUCAAAAUACGACUGAUCUCGAUAUCAUCGAAGUGCUUCCUAUGCCUGAAGAACCCGACAACCAUCCAGUAAAAGAAACAACUUCAAAAAUCAAACCGAAAGGCAAACCAAAACCAGUGGAAAAAAAAACAAGACAAAAGAACACGGUGAAGCGAAACAAAAGAACGAAAUCGAACAAACCUUUGCUUGGUUUAGAGCCCGUUAUGCAGGAUUAUUUUGCACUAUUUGAAGAAUCGCGUUGUACGCACCUAGAAGCCGUUGCUAAAUACGCCAAUCAGCCGCCGUUGCUAAUGUUUGAACAAAAUACUUUUCAAAAUUUGGAUUUGGCUGCCAGGUGUGAAGCUUCAGCCUCAACCCCCCCUUUAAGUUCAAGUUCUUCAGAGCAUUACGAUUGGCCUGAGAUAGAUAUUGAAGAUGCAAAAGGGAAUAAAGUCAAUAUUAUUCAGAAUGUUGCGCUAAAACGCAGGUCACCCAAAAAUUGUAUUACUCAACCCCAGGAAAGGACGAUACUUGAUGACGAAAUGUUACCAACAUUUGAUGAAAUCAUUCCAUCUCCUCCCGAAGAACUCCAGAAUGCGGAAGACUCUGUUCAUGUUAAAGAUGUUGGCUUUUUAUUAAUAAAUCAAAUUCUGGAUUUAAUGUACAAUAAUCAGGGGGACUCAUUAACAAAAUUGAAGCAUUUGUCGCUGGCGUCAACUGACAUUUUGAAGGAAAAUAAUGCUAUUUAAGUACAUAGUUUUAAUCGUUGUUACUGUUUUAUUUAUUGGUUAUGUUAUGUUAAAUUUAUUUUUCCCCAUAUUUAUAAGAGAAAAUUUAUACUAUAGAAAAUGAUUAUAAAUGUUUAAAAGUUUGAAAAAAUCAAUUAUGUUAUAUUGA